GAAUAAGUUUUUAGAAUGAAUUUGUUGCAAUCAAGUUAUUAGGCGUUUUCAAUAGUGAAUAAGUUGAGAAAUAUCAAGUCGUUUCUGAUAGUGAAUAAUUGUAAAUUGUUUAUGAGUAGAGUUACUGUAGCAAAAACAAUUUUUGUUAACAAGUUGUUAGUUUUGGAAAAUAACUUGAUAAAAUGCCAGAACUUAUUAACUUGUGUGAACGAUAUGGUAAAAAUGCCUACGUUUUUUUUUGCUUUUUGUUUUUUGAAAUGCCCCCUAACUCUUUAUUAUCAAAAAGUAUAUUGAUUCCGUAAACCAUAUACAAUUUUCACCAAUCACAUAGAGGAUAAUGUUUAUCAUUUUCGAAGAAGAGCGAAAAAAAUUAAAAUAAGGACGAAAAAAUAAGCCAUUUGUCUUAUUAGGCCUAACGGUUAAUAAUUCACAAUCCCUGGCUUGCUAAAAUAAUGACACGUGUUGGAGCUCAAGGCAUGCAAGAUGACCAAAACACCCCUCCAGCCGGAAAAAUUUCCUUUUCACUCCCAACCCUAUCCUCAAUUCGUUCCCAACGUACACCACACAAACCCACAAAUUCGUUCCUUACCGACAGUCCACAAUCCCUCCUAUCCCUGCCACCUUUUUGACUUUCUUUUCGCUUAACUGUUGGGGGGAAUCUAAUCUGGAAGGAGAUCACAUUACCCAAUUCUAGUCUAGAUCUGCAACCAUUAAUCAACCAUAAGACUCCCUUCUACCUCAUCAAUCCGCUGCGAGCUAGAGAGAGAGAGAUGGGUGAUAUUGCUGUUGAUAUUUUUUUGGAGACCUUGGAACAGCUUAUAACGAACUCCAAGCUCCUUUUAAUUCAACUUCAAUCUAUUGAGAUGGAGAUAAAGUACCUGAGAGAGUUCCUCAAAGCUACGGAGAAGAAACGCAACGAGCAUAUAGAAGUGAUGAAUCUGGUGAGGCAGAUCAGAGAGGUGGUACUUGAAUCAGAGAACACCGUAGAAUUGUUUGUAAGUCGUGCUUACAAGCAGGAUGAUCUUUCCCUGGACCUCGAAAGUGUCAAAAAGGAGAUCAAGACACUUACAGCGAAGGUGAAGCAGAUGUACGAUGAAAAUAUGUAUGACAUUAACGGAACAACUGUCAAAAAACUCAAGCAUUCUUGUACCGGAUCAAGUGGAUCAGGAGGGAGAAACACAUCCAAAGUAGUAGAAGAGAAGACGCUGGUCGGUUUCAAGGAUGAGAUAGAGACAUUAAUGGGAAAGCUUCAUGAUAGUGGAGAAGGUGGACGGCUGGAGAUUAUAUCAAUCAUCGGCGUUGGUGGAGGCGGCAAAACCACGUUGGCCAGAAAAGUGUAUGAUCAUCCUUGGACGUCGCAGAAGUUUGAAAUUCGUGCAUGGGCUGAUGUUUCUCAAGACUAUCACAAGACCAUGAAGAGUAAUUUGUUGAUUAGUAUGCUGGAAUCAGCUUUCCCAGGAAAAUAUAAAGAUUACGGGGAGAGUGGUGAGUAUAAGUUGGGAGAAAUGGUAUAUAAAUGCUUGCGGGGUAAUAAAUAUCUCAUUGUCAUGGAUGACAUAUGGGACAUUGAGGCUUGGAAUGAUAUCCAAAGAUCAUUCCCUAAGGAAUGCAAGGGGAGUAAAGUGUUGUUAACUAGUCGAUUACCUGUUCAACCGGCUAGCGUCCCCUGUGUCUCUCAUUGUUUGAAUCCCUUAUCAUUAAGUUGCAGUUGGGAGUUAUUACAAAAGAAGGUAUUUGGGAAGAAACAAUGCCCACCGAAGUUGGUGGAUAUCGGUAACCAAAUCGCAGAAAAAUGUAAAGGACUACCACUCGCAGUUGUUGCAAUAGCUGGCAUUCUGGCAAUGGAAGACAAGACACUCGACGUGUGGGAUAAAGUUGCCAAAAAUUUAUGUUCAAUCAUUGCCAAAAACCAAGAGGGUUGCAUGGAGAUACUAGAACUUAGUUACAAUCACCUGCCUCUUCAUUUAAAAGCAUGUUUUCUUUACAUUGGAGGACACCCCGAAGAUUCUGAAAUCUUUGUACGCGAGUUGAUAUGGUUAUGGAUUGCAGAGGGAUUUAUUCAGCAAAUUGAUGGGGGGAAAAGCUUGGAGGCCAUAGCACAAGAUUACUUGAUCGGUCUUAUUGAUAGAAAUCUCGUAAUGGUAGCUGCGAAAAGUAAAUCCCACGGAGGAGUUAAAGCAUGCCGUAUCCAUGAUCUUCUGCGUGAAUUAUGCUUGAAAAAAGCAGAAGAGGAUAAUUUUCUUGUGCAAAAUUACGGGGACGAUUCUUUUUCAUCUUCUAUUACAAAUAAGCAUCGUCGCCUCUUCAUUGGCCGUCACUUCUUUCAUAAGCUUCCCCCAAGGCCUUGUGCUAGAAACCUUCGAUCUUUUUUGUUCCUCUCCUUGCCAAACUCUUCCCAUUCAAGGCUUGAACUAUCAUAUCUAUUCAAACCCGGGCCACUUUCAAUGCCAAUGAAACUGUCAUUUUUUAUUGAAAACUUCAAACUUCUCAGGGUGUUGCAUUUAAUCUCCGCUAAAAACAUUGGAGAUAUAAGAUAUGGAACGGUGUUGCAGUUAAUCUCUGAUACAAGCCGAGGAGAAAUAGGAAUAGGAGAUCUGGUUCAUUUGAGAUACUUAGCACUUAGGUUAUCAAGAGUACAACCUGUCCAUGCAGAGAAUUGUUUUCCCUACCUCUCGAACCUAGAAACCCUUAACCUCCAUGUUUCAUUCCCGGACAAGAUUCCGUUGCCUCGCGAUAUAGUUAAGAUGGUUAAGUUGAGGCAUCUAUAUACUAAAAAGGGGAAAUUCGAAUAUCAUCAUGUUUCUAAUUAUGAUGAAGAGGAGGGGAAUAUGUUAGAGAGCUUACAGACCUUGCACCAAAUGUGUAUUUGUAAGCAUUGCCUACGUUUUUUGGAAAGGAUUCCCAAUCUAAGGAAGCUAGGACUUUAUGCAGAUCGAGAUCAUUAUAUUCUCGCCGACCUAGAAUUCUUAAAAUGCCUUGAGAUACUCUGUGUUCACUCCAGAAGCAUUAAUGGGCUGAAGCUUCCUCCUACUCUUACGCGGCUAACUUUGAAAUAUACGAGAUUGAAGUGGGGGGAGCUGUCAAUAAUCCUUCAAACCCUGCCGAGCCUUGAGGUUCUCAAAUUAUACAAUGCCUGUGUGGGACCAAUUUGGAACAUAAGUGAACUUGAGGAGGAGUUCUCUCAACUCAAGUACUUGAGGCUUGAAUAUCUGGAUAUCGUGGAGUGGAGUGCUUUCGAAUAUCAAUUUCCGGGACUUGAGGUCUUAGUGAUCCAAGAUUGCAGAAAACUGGAGCGGAUCCUGAUUGACUUUGCUAAUCUAAACGAACUCCGCGAAAUUAGGAUUCAGCAUUCCAGUCGAUAUGCAGAGGAAUCAGCCAGGGAGAUUCAGGAAAAGCAAAGAAAUAGAAGAGGAGAUGAUGAUUUCCUAAAUAUUACGUUCUGGGGUAACUGCUGAGGUGCUCCUUAUUAAGUACAGUAACCAUCAGGGUGGUAGCCCAGUUGGCACGGGUGAUGGGGCUUAAGUGCCUCUCCCUCCACGUGCACUCGGGUUCGAGCCCUUCCAGUUGCAAAAAAAUUAUAUGAGCUGGAGGGACGCGUGGAAGGCCCUGUGCCAGCUGUGCACCUAAGUGGUGCUGUGGUGACGAUCUGUCCUCACGGACGGUAGCUUUGGCUCAAACCGGACAUUUCACAGCGGGUCGGGAGCCCCUAUGGUCACGCCCAAGGGGAGUUGCUACGCCGGUCGCCCUCUCCUACCCUUUUUGAUUAUCAAAAAAAAAAAAAAAAAAAAGUACAGUAAGUUUUUUUUUUCCUCUUACUGAUUAGGGCUAAAUUAAAUUAUCAUCAUUGGGGUCAGGGGCGAUGAUGAGUCUGGAUCAGAAAGUGGGGGCGUUGGGACGUGGAGGGGAUUUUCAUUUGGUUUUCCAAUUACUGGGUUACUAUUAACGGAGGUUCUAGAUUUGGGUCUAUGAAAUCCCUUUUGUGUUUGUACGGAUAUCUUCUUCUUCUUCUUCUUUUUUAAAGUUGUGUAUAACAAGUCUAAAAGGACAGGAAUGCAAGUAAUCUCUAUUACCAUCUA